CGGACCAAGACGUGUCGGCCAGUUGAACCGGGAUUCAGUGCAGAUCGCCAAUCGUUUUCGAUCGGAAAAAAAUAAAUAAAACAAAAAAACCGCGUCUAGUGUAUCCCAUGUCAACAAACAAACACCAGGGAUGGUGAGCUGAGGACUCACGAGAGAAGUGGCCUGAACGCUUCAAGGUAACAUCGGUGCAUUAGUCCAAAAUAAUCUGUUGGCCAAUGAUCAUAGUACACAACUUAUUCACACCUAUUUCUACACGAGCCCACGCAAACAUAAAGUGUUUUCAGUCAGAGAUUAUCACAUUGAAACGAAAUGUUGUGUUCUUAGUUUAUACGGUGAAAAGUGAUUAUUUUGCGGGGUUCGUGCAUUAAUAUUUCAAAAAUUACAUCAACCCCUUUACAAAACAUUGUGUUCGGUAACAUUUAUUUAUAGAAAUAUUUUCCAAAUUAUUUUAAUUCAAUAAUUAAACAUAUGGAAUCUGAAUUGUCUCCAGAUAGAGAGAAAGAUAUACCUCCAGUACCUAUUAAAACAUAUCAAUGGGAAGAUUUGAGGAGAGCUCGUGAAGCUGGAAGGUACCCAUGGACGCACCUACUGAAGGCACCACUUCAGGGUGAAAUUACUGCCGAAGAUAUCAUCAGAGAAACGACACCUAGAAGAAGUAUGUCGCGAGAAUUUUCAAGGUCUCGGACACACUCGCCGGUGGACGGUGACGUCCAAAGGAUACUAAAUCUUGACUCUUCACCCGGUAGUAGUCGCAAGCAUGGUGAGGAAGGUGAAGAUGAGGGAGUACAUAUACCAAAUUUCUCCAAAGAAAUAUCGUUAGAUUCCGAAGACGAUGUCAUAAACCAGGCUGUGAAAGCUUACGUAGUUAAACGCCCCGAAAGUCAAGCUAGUUCCCACUUAGCUGCACCUGUUGAAAUACCCAAGAAUGUAUCCCCGAAAGGAAUACUGAAACGUCGUGUUCCAGAACAGCAAUAUAGUAUAGGAGUAACGUCAGAAACAAGAGAAAAAACAAAAUGUUGUCAUCCUUUAGUCAAUAAAAUAAAGCAUUUAGCCGACAAAACUUUACACAAACUAGAACGAAGUGAAAAUGAAAAAUCACCAACAUCAAAACGUAAGAAAAAUGAUGACACACAAGAAAUAAGGCAGCUUAGAUCUUCGCCAGGCGCUGUAAGGAGACAAAAAUUCGGUGCUAUCAAGUUAGGAAGCUCUGAUGAAAUGAGUAAAACUAUGGUGGUAGACACACCGCCUCCACGGAAAAAGAAAGAACAUAUUUAUGAAGACAUUGAGGAAGGCAAAGAUGUGCAUUUUUCACCAGAUGUCGAUAGGCAGGGUGCCGCCAGACUGGAUGAGGAAACUGGAAGUAAUAGCAAUAAAGAGAAUGAGAGUCUGUUGGAAAAAAAAUCGAUUGCAUCUCAAGAUCCCAGCUUAGUGAUGGAAAAUACGAGUCUGAAAUCAGAAGAUCAUGUUAUGGAGAAACUGCAUAAAAUGGAUAACGUAAAUAAAGAGGCCAUACUUUUAGACGAAGAAAUGGAUCCUGAUGAGCCCAAUGUAGACGAAAUUUUCCAAAACCAAUUAGACGAGAGAGGACCAAGCAACGAAUCCCCUAAUAUUACUAUUACAGAAUUGACAGGUGAAGAUGCAGAAGUGACUGGAGAUCAACCUGCAGCUACACCUAUUGAAUCGUCACCCAGCCCCAGUCCACAAGAAAUUGACGAUCGACAGAAAGUAGAAUACCCGAGCAGAAAAUGGUCUAAACACAGCAGUGAUCACGAAUAUGAAAUCAUCGAAAAGCCACCGCCUAAUAUUAUUUACACUGCUCCGAGUGUAGAUGAAAAACCAACUCAACUGGUAAAAGCGGAUGAUGAGUUGUCUAGUACCACAUCACUAGAAAGAAAAUGUCUACAGCACACAUCAGACGAGGACGAACAAUUGGACGAAAACAUUAAUUUACAUGAUGAUAAAAACGAGGAAAUGACGAGCGCUGAAGCAUUACAAAGAGACAUUGAAGAUCGAUAUUUUGUAAACACUCCGUCCACAAUAUCACGCACGGAGUGUGAAAUUAGCACAAGUCAAGUUGAUUCGUCCGCGUUAGAACAGUUACCAUUGAAACGUGAUAGUAGAUCUAAGAAUGCUGAAACCACUGAUAGCAAAAUACAACAACGUAUCAGAGAAGGUACCGGUAAAUUAAAAUCUCAGGCUGGAAAACUAAAAACUAAAUUACAAAACAUAAAAACAAAACAAUUCAAUAUGCCUGAAAAACCGAAAUUCUCGAUGCCUGAAAGGCCUAAAUUUAAGAUGCCCCAGAGACCUAAAAUAUCCCUUCCUGAUCGGCCUAAGUUCACAUUACCUGACAGAAGGAAGUUUAGUUUACCUGAUAGACCCAAAUUCAAUAUAGCUGAAAAACUUAAUCGAUCCAAAUUCACACUACCCGAAAGGCCAAAGUUUAACGUCCCUGAUCUACCUAAAUUCAAAAUGCCUGACUUUCACAGUCUUGGUAGGAAAAAAGAAAACAAAGUUACUUCAGACUCCACAGAUUCGAACGUGGAGCCCACUGACGUCGCUACAGUAGAGUUUGAAGCAAGAACAUACCCCAGACUAUUCAACAGAAAAAAGAAGUCAGAACUGCCUAAAACAUCUUCGUCACCAACGUUGAAUAGAGAGGACACACCACCGCCGACGUUCACGUUCACACGAGUCAAGAAGAAUAAAGAUGAGCCUACUUUUAUUCCUGAUAGUCCUGAGCAACCUCGAGAAUAUGGAAACAUUGAUAAUGAUGAUAACAACUUCGCUAUGGAAGAUGGCAGGCAAAUCGGAACUACUUACGACUUUGACAAAGUGGACACUGAAUAUAUGGACGAUGAACCUGAAGUAUGUACUCUGGAAGACAGACAUCAAACCUCCGAACCCGAUAUGUCACCAUCUAAACAAGAAUACACACAUGUCAUAACCGAAAUUAAUAAUGACGAAUUUUUUGUACGACCGAGAGGUAUUUCUCGCGAAGAUAUUCAAACAAGGGAAUAUUUGAGCGACGAAACACGAAAAGCUUUUCAAAACCCGAAGAAUAUUCUCUCUAUGAUAGGGACUAAUUCGGGAAUGAGCGACGACAACAUGUACGUCAACGAUCCUGAUGCCGAUCCUGAGCUGAUGAUCGACGACAACGAACCGAUGAGGUACUCAACUGAAGAUUUGAAUGACAAAGACGACGGCUACUACACGUUUCCACCAGUGAGGCCGUCGAGGGCGAAGCGGAAGAAGAAGGAGGAGGAAGAAUUGAAACAAACGCCAUACAUAGACGACAGUGUCAAUGCCAGUAUGCAAUUUAGUGAGGUAGACUUGGAGACGCCAGAGGACCAACUAGAUGAACAUAUUAGCUGUGACGUGGAAGAUAAUAUGGGUAUGCAGAUGCAUGUCAACAAUCACCUCGAUUUUACUCCCACCACUGACUUGCAUUCUAUACAUGAAUACGCAAAUGAUGACGUCAUUCAGUACCCAGAGAAUGUGCCCAUACAGUCACAAACUCUGCCUAUGCCACCGAAAAGGAAGAAGAAGUUUGGCAAGAAAGACUUCAAGCAUUCGUCUCUGAAUGACUUCAACAACGUGACUGCUUCACAGCUGUGGGAGCAACCUCAGGAACAUGAGACCAAUGACGACAUCAUCGUAUAUCGAACUGAGCAUGAAUACAUCGUGCCGCAAGAGUAUGCGCACUCCACCGUCACCGAGCACAGCCCCGUGCCCCCGCGCCGCACCCGCUCUAGGAGCUCCAGGGGCACCUCCCUCUGUGACGACGACCGCACAUCACAUGGUGCCGAGUCACUGAUACUGGAUACCAACAUACCACCCCCGGAAGAAAUUGUCAUGGAAAGGGAAAUACGCCACGAAAGCCCCGGGUACGCCACAGUUGACAAAGGCGCUUACACACCAAGCAAAGGCGUAAGACGCUCAAAAAGCAAAACUCCACCGAGGCGUCGUAAGAGCAAUAGCUCAGAGCGUAAAUAUUAUACUGUUGGACCCACUAAGCCAGUCGGCCCUGACCGACCACCACGCAAAAAGUCAUCAACUAGUCUUAUGACGUUAGACAGUUUUACCAAGCGCUCGGUAAGUGGUGAUUUGACACAAUAUGUUGAAAUUGAUGAACCCUUUGAAGAAGUUCAUAAAGAUUUGAAUUCUGGAGAAGUGGUGAAUAAAAUGAAAGAUCGGCCUCUACCUCCACCUCCACGCCCACCCAGAGGAUCAAGGCGAAGAAAAAGAGACCUGAAGAAUGACCUCCAACGAAGUAUUUCUACAGAUGCAGAAUCUGCUAUGGGAAUAUCUCGGGACUUUGAGGAAGACCAAGAUGAAACGAAACCAUCUGAUGUCCUAGAAAUUGAGGUUUCUACUCAAACUGACCCUCUACCAGAUGACGUAGACUUCGAAUUAGGUAUGGAUGAUAAUCUGGAUAUUUCUAUGUCCAGCUCGUUACGAGACAUUAUUGACGAAGACUCCAUGCUUUCAAGGAGUCAUCCCAAACUUGGUGAUAGCCCUCGAGUAUCACGGCCUACAUCGCGUACUGACAAAUCUACAAAACUUUCUGACCCAAAAAUAUCAGAACUAUCCAAACCUACUCUUGGACGCACGUCACCUACAGUUAUCUUGGUAGAGCGACGAGUGUCUAGUCCAACAAGAAUAAAUGAACGUGAGGAAAUGUUAACCGAAGCUUCAUUAACUGUUCAACCUAUUGAUAUCGACGAAUCUCAAAUCCCAGAUGUGCCUCCUCUCCCAAGGCCAAGAGCCAUUUCAAGUACACGGCCUAAAAAUACUGUGCCACCUAGUGAAGAACGGGCUCUUGAAAAAAUCAGUGACGCAAGUAGAGAAGUACAACUGGAUAAUUUGGUUACACAACGACUACAGGUGAAAGAUUUAGAUGUGGGACGACUAAAUGUAUCUGAAUUACAAGCUAACAAAAUCUUGGUUUCUGACAUAGAAGGCAUGACAUUACAAGUUUCGGAGUUAGAUUCUAAGUCCGGACACAUUUCUGUGAGCGGAAUCGAGUUCUCUCAGUCCGUAAUAGAUGAAAUUGUAAAGAAGUUUGCCGAAAUAUCAACAGCGCAUGCGCCUCCACCACCAGCACCAGUAGCACCUACGAUGCUUGAAGUCGUUGAAACGCCAAGGCCGGUCAGUAGAGAGGAACACACACAAACGGAGGAACAAGUAGCUCCAGUAGCUGUUGAUGCACCUGUGGAAACGAAAUCGGAAGCCAAACCUGUUGAAGAGGAAGCUCCCCAACAAACAGCACCUCCUCCAAGACCUCCCAGUGCAGAGGACACUGGAGCUCCCCCACAGAGACCACCUCCACCUGAUUUGACUCCCUUGUUGUACUCAUAUCUCCAGGACAUUACUAUACCUCCUGCUUCUUUCUUCCCUAGUCGGUCACUUAGAGACAGACCUCAUUUUGAUUUCCAUGAGUCCCAACACCAGACCCCCCCACCGCCCACUCGACGAGCUAAAAGGAAACCCGCUGCUCCUCAUUCUGAAUCGAGUUCGGAUGACGGCAGACCGCGUCCCUCACCUCGCCGUAUGGCCGGUCCCGUGAGAACGCAUGAGCCUACAAUAACCGAAGCGGGAGCUCAAUUCUUGCGCGUCUGCCACUCUUCUAUUACCAGGACUUUAAGGAGCAUGUUCAACUCGUUCAUGUCGUACAUCAGCGGCACUGAGGACAAGAAGGACGUCCAGAUGGCGAUGGUAAUAUUCCUGGUGCUGGUCGCGGGGCUGAUCAUGUUCGGGCUGAGUGACAGCCGGGCGGUGCACCAUCACCACUGGGAGUUCUUCAACCCGCCUGACGGAAAACCAUGAUGUUGUGCUUCAUCGGGUUUUGGUAUAAAGUCAAUGUAAAUUACGAAUUAGUUUUAAGUUCGACAGACUUGUUGGACGCGCGGAAUAUUGUAUUUUGUAUUGUUGAUUUUAAUUUGUUAUGAGGACACAUCAUUUGCUUGGCCUCACUGGGAAAUGUCCAGUAUUGUAAAUUGUGAUAUCUAGUCACCUUUUAUUUAUUUGAUUUAAUUUGUUCAGAAUUCUUAUUAACAUUGUAGCGUCCGAACAAGUCUGGUUAUUUAUUGACAUGAACUGUAAGAUGCAAACGUUUUAUGAAAAGAAGUAAAUACGCAUUUUAUGCAAGGCAGACUUUCCACUACAGUUUAUUUUUAAUGAACACUAUAGUUUUAUUGUAAUUUUAAGUCAUUCGUUAUGUUAUUUUAAGAUCCCGAUGGUGCUUGAGUCCAUGAAAUUACUCACAUAUCUACUUAUAUAAAUAACACUUUUAUACUAUGUAGUUCAAACAAGUAUUAAUUCAGUAGUAACCAAGUGCUCGUAUGUAGAUAUUUUACCUAUAACAUAAAAGUAUUGUAGGCAAUAAUCAAACUAAGUAUUAACUUCUAGUCAAAACAUCUUAUCGUAGUAAACCUAAAUCUUAUUAUAAACCCGGUUUUGAGAGUGUAUCUUAAAUAAAAAAAAUGUUUUCCAAUACGGGACAAACGCAUCAACGCAGCAAUUUCGUAAAAUUUCGCAUGAGCACCAGAACGGAUCGACUGUUUGUCACCUACCAUAAACCCAACGUUACAUAGUUUAAAAUUAAAACUUUAUUUUGUUGCUGCUACAAGACUCAAAGCAAAAGAUUUAAGUCCAUAUAUUAAAAACAUGUGUAUUUAUUUUCAAAUUGAAACACACUGCGAUUACUGAGAAUUUAAUUUUUUAAACGUAAAACUUUUCUUAAAAUCAAAUUAUGAAAUCUCAACAGAUAUAUUAUUUAAUAUUAAUACAAUAAUUUAGACGUAAAAUAGGUUCUGAAUAACACAUCAAAAUAAGAAUGUUGUGUAUACGGAAUCAAAGUUUUGGUAGGUAGGUAGCAAUAGACAGUAAAAGUCACAUUUGGUACGAAUUCUGAUGAAGAAUUUUUUUAUCAACCUUAACCCUUAAAUUCAAAGUCAAAUACCUAUGUAUCUCUAAGACGUCUAUACUGUACGUAGAGGUAAUUUAAUUAUACAGCUUUAUUACUUUUCCAAUUUUAACCCAUCUUAGGCACCGCAAAAGCACACCCAAUCUAGGUACAUACGAAACAAAUCAAAAUUAAAUUAUUGAUUAAGACCGACCACUCAAUAAUCGGUGAAAUCUUUAAGGAUAUAGUGAAAUAAAGAAAGAGAGAGAGAGAGAGAUCUUUAUCUACUUCGACAUUAACUUAAAUCAGGUAAAUCAAGUUAUUGCUAAUCCCCACAGCUAAAACAAAUUACCAAGCUAAAAGUGCUAUCACCACAUCUCGUCUUGUCCUGUACAUAUUUUCCUAUCAUACCAAUAAUGUUGCUUUUACUGUCUUGCUUUUUUCAAUGGCAUAUUUUAAGUCUAUUAUUAUUAUAAUUUAUAUAAUAUUGUUACCUAGUUAUAUACAUAUUAACCUCUCUGUUAACGUAGUGUCUCAGAUCGCGUUAUAUGCAUUUUGUAAACUUCCUUUUUUGUGUAAUUAUAAAGGAAAAUAAAAUUUGUUAAAUAA